AUGUACUUCGUCGUGUUGUUAAUAUUGCUCUUGCUUCUCAUGGGUUUUCUGAAAUGGUUUAUGGGCUUGUACAUACCGGCGAUAGGCCGUUGGGGCUUAGACUCGUUGCUGGAAACCAGCAUAAUGUCGGAGUAUUUCGAAGGAGAAUUAAAAUAUAAGCGCGUGGUGAGGGAUGAGCACGGUGCACCGGUGCAUCCGGAUACGCGCAAGAGAACCGUCAGAAUAUGCAGCAGGAAAGCGGAAUUCUUCCUAAACGCGAUGUUUUUCCUGAUUUUCCCGUUCGCGGUUUGCUGCCAUCGCCUCAAGAGAUUUUCUCGAUCCGACCGAAGACGUUGUUACUCGAAAGAAUCUAAAAUUAGUUUGACGGCCAACGAAAGCGAACAUAUAAGAACGAUCAGCGUGAACACUUAUGGCGAUAGUCGCGAUUCACAAAUGGAAGCCGAGGACAUCAAGUACAUGAUAGACGAAUUGAAGAAGUCUGAGGAAUCGUUACGUAAUCAUAGUAGAAAUAAGAGAAACCGCUAUAUAAAAAACUACCGAUCGUGUCAUUAA